ACCUGCACAGCUCACCACUGUGGGGAAACGCUGCUGCUUGUGGAUUCAGGACUUGUGCAUGGACCUGCAGAACCUGGAGCGGGCUCGGGAUGACCUGCGCUUUCGGGGUGUAAAAGGCACCACUGGCACUCAAGCCAGCUUCUUGCAGCUCUUUGAGGGAGACCACAGUAAAGUUGAAGAGCUGGACAGAUUAGUGACUGCAAAGGCAGGAUUUAAGCGGGCUUAUAUGGUCACAGGGCAGACCUAUAGUCGCAAGGUGGAUAUUGGAGUCCUGUCUGUGCUGGCCAGUCUUGGGGCAUCUAUACACAAGAUUUGUACUGACAUUCGUCUUUUGGCCAACCUGAAGGAAAUAGAGGAGCCUUUUGAGAAAGACCAGAUUGGUUCAAGUGCUAUGCCUUACAAGAGGAAUCCAAUGCGUUCAGAACGCUGCUGCAGCCUGGCUCGACACCUGAUGACUCUGGUGCUGGAUCCCCUCCAGACAGCUUCAGUGCAGUGGUUUGAACGAACGUUGGAUGACAGCGCCAACAGGCGCGUGUGUCUUGCUGAGGCUUUCCUCACAGCUGACAUCAUUCUGAGUACACUGCAGAAUAUCUCCGAGGGACUUGUGGUAUAUCCAAAGGUGAUUGAGAGGAGGAUCCAGCAGGAGCUGCCAUUCAUGGCCACAGAGAAUAUAAUCAUGGCGAUGGUGAAAGCAGGGGGCAAUCGUCAGGAUUGCCACGAGAGGAUUCGUGUUCUCUCCCAGCAAGCAGCUGCUGUUGUGAAACAGGAAGGGGGUGAUAAUGACUUCAUUGCCCGUGUCCGUGCUGAUCCUUACUUCAGCCCUAUCCAUAAACAACUUGAAAGCCUGUUGGAUCCCUCCUCCUUCACUGGGCGUGCUCCUCAGCAGGUGGCAAAGUUCCUGAAGGAGGAGGUUCGACCAGCGCUGAUUCCCUACCAAAGCAAGAUGAGUGGGAAAAUUGAGUUGGCACUUUAGGUAUAUUCUGCAAAGGUGUGUGGGCACAGGAAGAUAAUAAAAGCCUUAUUGAACCAA